AUGGCGGGGCAACUCGUUCCCUUGCCAGAGGUUGAACGUCUAAGCCCCGCGUGUAUCCGUAUUCUCGGAGGGAACCCAGGCAAAUUCACAUUGCAGGGAACCAACACGUAUUUGCUUGGGACGGGUAGCCGCCGCAUCCUCAUCGACACGGCCGAAGGUGGCCCCUCGUGGACAGCAGCCAUAAAAUCGACGUUGCAACGGGAGGAGGCCCAGGUCGAGACGGUUCUAAUCAGCCAUUGGCACCACGACCAUGUGGGGGGAAUCAGCAACAUCCUGCAACUUUGCCCCGAUGCUAAAGUCUAUAAGAACCAGCCAGAGGAGGGCCAGCGCGACAUAGCCGAUGGCCAAACGUUUGCCGCUGAAGGGGCCAGCUUGACCGCUUUCCACACCCCGGGCCACACGGACGACCACACGACCUUCGUUUUGGCCGAAGAAGAUGCCAUGUUUACUGCAGACAAUGUGCUCGGGCAGGGCACCACCGUGUUUGAGGAUCUAGCCGCGUAUCUCGCCAGCCUUGAGCGGAUGCGCCGCCUCUUCAAGGGUCGGGCAUACCCGGGCCAUGGACCCGUCGUCUCGGACGGCCCGGCCAGAAUCGAAGAAUACGUCCGCCACAGGAAAGAACGCGAAGAUCAAGUAAUUCGCACCCUGCGGUCCUCCAAGGCCGCACACGGCACUGCCCGGCCCCAUGCCCACCUCGACGGGUGGACAGCGUUGGAGCUGGUGAAAGUCAUUUACAAAGAUGUCCCAGAAGAACUUCAUAUACCAGCUUGCGGCGGCGUGUUGCAGAUUUUGGAGAAGCUGGAGCGUGAGGGCGGAGUAGCUCGCGUGUCGGAUGGAGAGAGGUGGGUAUGGAAAGAUAGGUCUUCUCUAUAG